UCAGCCAAGCCAUCCCUAUUUGGCCCAAUCCGGCCCUUUUAUUCUUUAUAAUUUUUUUAUACUAUCAUUUUUUCCAUUUGGCCCGCCUGCCCAAGCCGGUCCCCACCUGAAGGGGGCUUGGCCCAAGGCCUCUUGGGCCCUGUCUCAGCCGGUCCAGGCCUCUAGGGCUGGCAUGCCCCGUUGAUAAAAAGAAAAUUGGGGCCAAGAACCCUUGCAGAAAAAAUAUUAUAAAAAGCGUUCCUAAAAGCCAUGGGAUGCAACGUGGCAAAGCAUGAGCACCCCCACCUUGAUUAUACAGGCAGGAACGCCCUUUUUGCUUAAUCCCAUUUCAAAGGCCCUUGCACUUCCCAACCUAUCAAUGUUCAGGUAUUAGGGACUAUAGUUGCACCAGCCUCGACUUCUCCAUAUGGUGGUGAUGUUGAUCAUUGGAUCUAUUUCAAGCACGUGGAUGGCCUCAGCAUUCAAGGAUCAGGCACAAUCGACGGCCAAGGACAGGUGUGGUGAAACACCAAAUGCAAUCAAGAAUCAAACUCGGAAUUGUCCAUUCUUUCGUGCAGCAAUGUAAAUUUGAGAGAUCUGCACAUGGUUAACGGCCAGAAACAACAUGUCAGAAUAGAUGAGUCUAUUACUGUUUUCAUAGGGGGUCUCCAUAUUAGUGCUCCAGGCGACAGCCCAAACACCGAUGGCAUACACAUCCAAGGCUCUCAACAUUUCAACAUUGAGAAUAGUUACAUUGCCACUGGUGAUGACUGCAUUUCCAUAGGAGAUGGAUCUUAUGAUGUAAAUAUCUCGCAAGUCACAUGUGGACCAGGUCAUGGCAUAAGAGCCAUCCACUUGAACCAACUCGCACCUCAUAAUGGCUGUUGUACUUGGUUUACAUGGAAAACUGACUUUGAGAAAAUAGAUUUGUCAAGAUGGAGUAAGAAAGACGACUCUGGAGUGCCGUUCAAAGGAUUGUUUUCUAUUUAUAUAAAUGGGGCUUGGAUUAAGACAUGGCAGGGUGGAUCCGGAUUCACAAGAAACAUCAUAUUUGAAAAUCUCAACUUCACGGCCAUCUCUAAUCGCAUCGUCAUCAAUCAAUAUUAUUGUCCUGACAAAGCUUGCCAGAACCAAGGAGAAGAAGAGGUAACCGCUGUAUUCUCCAACGGGUCUUUGAGAAACGAAAGAUUCCCUGAUCUCCAACAGGUUUCUGAAGGGUUAAGCUCAUAUGGAUAUGACUGUUGGAUGAAGGGCUAUGUUCAUAUGGAUAUAACUGUUGGAUAUAUGGAAUUCCCACAAGUGUAG